AGAUUCUCUAAUUAUCUUCAUUUCGUUUCGUAUCAUUGCACUGUUUCUGGGUUGAGAGAGAGGGAUUUUGCUUUUGUGGAGCGAAGAGGGAAGAAGAUGCAGACGAUAGAGGCGUCGCAGCCGGCGGCGGCAGCUCCGCCGCAUAGCCGACAGUUGGGAGCGCAGUUGUCGGGAAGUAUGAGCUUCAGCAGCCAAAUGUCGAAGGAGGACGAGGAGAUGUCGAGGUCUGCGUUGUCGGCUUUCAGAGCAAAGGAGGAAGAGAUCGAGAAGAAGAAGAUGGAGAUUAGGGAAAGAGUUCAAGCUCAGCUCGGUCGCGUCGAAGAAGAAACCAAGCGUCUCGCUAUGAUCCGUGAGGAACUGGAAGCUUUGGCUGAUCCCAUGAGAAAGGAAGUUGCUUUGGUCCGGAAGAAGGUUGAUUCUGUGAACAAAGAGUUAAAGCCGUUGGGGCAUACGGUUCAGAAGAAGGAAAGAGAGUACAAGGAGGCACUUGAAGCAUUCAACGAAAAGAACAGGGAGAAGGUGCAGCUAAUCACCAAACUAAUGGAGUUGGUGGGCGAAAGCGAGAGACUGAGGAUGAAGAAGCUGGACGAGCUAAGCAAGAACAUAGAAUCUAUACACUGACUUGACAAAGCCGGGAAACGUUGGGGGGAGAGGCCAGAUCCUCAUGUUUAACUUUGGUUAGGUUUUGUGGUUGAUGUAUUUAAAUAUGCGACCUUAUUAUAUAAUUAUAUUAUAAUGUCGGGUGGUUAUUUUUAAUUUCAGGUUUGGUGUAUUAUGUUAUUAUUAUAUCCCCAUUAGUAUUUUUUUUUGUGUGGAGAAUUAUAAGUGUUUUAGGAAUACUCUGUUAAGACAAAAAGACAGGUUUGUAAACUAAACAUUUACUUUUUUUUAA